AUGCUGAGCCCUACGUCGCUGCUCAGACGCGUAAAGAAACCAGCAAAAAGCAUUGGAAGGGCCGUAUUGCUCUUCUCCGCUCAGGUCGAUGGAGAAGCUGCUCUGAAGACCUCACCAGGACCGAGACCCUUCGCGAGUAGAUGCGCUGGUGGUGGAUGGAGGAAAAGAGUUACAUCCAAGCCUAAAGAGCAGCUAAUUUUCCGUGUUUGGCAGAUCGUUCUCGUGUUUCUCCAGGUUGUCCUCGGCCUAACGUAUAAUUAUGCUUCCGGUCCGGAUCGAAACGAGAUCCCACACACGAACGCCUCUACAUCCACACUCUACACCACAUCCGCCAAAUUCGCAAUUCUAGACUUGGUGAAGCUCGCUUUGUGCGGGACGGUAAUCUAUUUUGAGGCACGUAAAAAUAGUCAAAGUCAAUGGACAGCGGCGUCUUCUUCAUCGAUCAGCAGCGGUUCUUCUCCGUCUUCCCGUACGAGUUUGAUGCCCGCGGACGAGGAAGCGCCGACGCUGCCUGUGCGGUCGACGAAUGAAUUGUGGCGAGGUGAUGCUAUCAGACAUGUGCAUGGCGCGUCUAGCUCGCAGGCGCUUCUAUUCGGCACGGCGGGAUCCAAUGUCGCUGUUGGUCUUCUUGCGUCCUUGCUUGCUCUUAAUUCCUAUCUCGCAUUAUACAUCACGAGCUCCAGCCCCGCGAACUCCACCCUUCUCCAUCUCGCAUCUAUCUUCGCUCCUCCGCUUUCGGCAGCCAUCUUGCAAAUAUCCACGGGCUGGAAAGCAUCUUUCCAGCAAUGGCUCGGGGCACUUCUUCAGAUCCUCGGACUUCUCAGCGUCGAGAGUCAAUCUAAUUUACUCGAUAUUGAAAGCAAAUCUUUCGUUUUAAUCUUGUUUAUUGCUCUAUCUACUUCUCUGUUUUGUAUAACAUUAAAUGCCGUCUAUAAACAACAUGAGACACCAAUACCCAACAUACUGACCUUCAAACUCUUCUCAUUUGGAUUACUUGUUCAUCUCGUUAUUCUUAUUCUCAGUAACAUAUUUACCUUCAAGCCCCCAAUGUCCAUUACAAGUCAUUCCUCGUUUAACUUACCCAUUCUUGCGCUUUGUGCAAUUGUUGACAUUGCCGGUAUCAACUUAAUCUCCAGUGGUUCCAGCGGCGCCGUACUAUUUGGCAUCUCGACCUCCUUAUCUGCGUCGAUCCUUCUCGGAUGCUCACGGAUCAGUUACGAAUUGGUCGACAUUGGUACUGUUUGUGGACUUGCUGUUGCUUUACUUGGUUUCUACGCAUAUUGGGAAGCCGAGUCGGGAAAGCAGGAUGCCGUUCUCAUGGCCUCACCGGAGCUGGAUUCGAAGAAGAGUCCGUCCGUCCGUUGGUUGCUUUCGGCUGUACUACUUUCGCUGUUUGGUAUUAUAACCUACAUCGGGUGUGGACUAUCUCCUAGAGCCAACACACAUUCCAACAAUCUAUCGCUACAACAGAACGUAACUAGUAAUGAAAGCCGACGUGCAUUUUACGACGGUCUCACAGAUCUUGCUUACUUCCCACCUCGAUUACCCACGUCACCUGUUUCACCACCAGCACUAGCACCGAUCGAAAUAAUACCCACCCGCGUACCUCUGCCUUCUGAGCAGUUCUUCAAGGGAAAUAGGACGUACCACGAAUUCGACGACGUCCUUUUGAUCGUGUUCUUCAGUCAUGCACGGUACGACAUAAAUUUGGAUUAUUAUAAGGAGGUGUAUGCAGAGUUUUUCCCGAAUAUGGUGUUUGUUGGUCCGAAGAGUAGGGAAGAUAAGGGAUUCGGACAUUCGUAUGACGUCCUUGUGGACUCGUAUGAAUCUGAUGAAGAUAUAAGUGAUUGGAAGAAUUAUAAAAUGGCAGGACGUAUGGCGCACCACAUGCUCUACACAGUCCUCACCACCCCGCCCUACUCAACCAACAACUACACAGGCUACCUCUGGGCGCCUUUCGACAUGCUUCUCAACGUUCCACGCCUACAAAAAUUCAAUCAAGAUAGAAUAUGGUAUUUCUCACCCUGGGGAGAAUACGUGCCGAAUCGAGCAGUUAGUUUGGAUUUAUGGAGUAAUAAGAGUUAUCAUGCGCCGCCUGCGAGGAUAUCACCGGAUCCGGAGAUGGAUUGGAACCAGACGUAUAGGGGGUGGUGGCUUGAUUGGUGGUGGGGAGAUCCACAUUACGGAAUCCCAGUCUGCAAACAAGCCUUUGAACGCGUCUCUCGCGUCCGACGACGUCGCAUGGCCCGCCGCUUCACGAACAACAAAACACGUUAUAUUGGCGGAUCAGCGGAUACAUUGUACAUUCCUGCAAGACUGGUGGACGAGUUCAAGGACUUGUUGGGAACGUUCUUGAAUACGUCGUGUUUUUUGGAGGUUGCUGUACCGACGGUCGUGCAUUUGUUGGUUCCAGAGGAUGAGGAUAUUUUGUUUGUUGAUCAUGUGCGUAUGUUUUCUCUCAUAUUUCCGUCUGUUGAACUGAAUAAUUUCCCUCUAUUCUGCAUCGUUUACGGGCUGCUAACGUCGACCCCUCAUUUCAACUGUAUUCGAUAUCUCCCGAGUCAGUGGUGGAUAUGGAAACCACCAUUCAACGCCUCCUUCGUCCGAGAUCGCUGGGGGAAAGGUAUGGAAGUCGAUACGUUCCAUACGUUCCACUGGGGCGACAAGGGACCAGACGGCGUUUGGCGGGCCAUCCCAGAGCACAUCGAGGACGUACGAAGUCUAUUUAGGGAGUCGGCAAAGCGUCAGAGUGUCUGGUGGCCUUCAUCUGAAAAAUCAUCAUCAAGCUUACAGAGCUCAGGAGUGUACAGAAGUGGUACUGAGAGAUUACGGGGAUCGCAGAGAACUCAGACUAAGCAUGGGCAGAGUAGGCCCUCCACGCACUCAGCGUUUACUGAUGGUUGA